UGUUAUAGAUGGAGAUGGGAAUGCUGAAAACGGCGAUACGGAAAACAACAAUGAACUAACGGGAUAUACUGGUCCCACUGUUUUAACUCGACGCUGCCGAAUUUAAUCUAUUUUACUUUGAUGAUCACACUAGCUACACACUCGUAUAUUCAUUUGUCGUUCCUUUUUACGAGUGUGCGGAGUAAAAUGUGCAUUUCAUUUCGUCUUCUUUCCGCAAUUACAAUUCGCUAGAGCAAGCAACCUUCAUACUUACAAUCACAUGAAGGCUAAAGCUGCCAGUAUCUUUUCACCGAUUCGAUCUUUGUUUGUGGUUAGCCAUUGACCAGGUAUUAACAUAAUAAAAAAUACGGCCAGCAGCUGGUUGGUUAUACGAGGGAGGGACAAAAUAAACCAAUAGCAAACCUACAGAUAAUACUACUUCAUAACUGUUGUUGGCUUUAAAAACUUUUGGUAAACCCCUCGUUAUUGAUUUGUAUAUAAUUUCCAUUUUGUUUGUUGGGUUCAAGUUCAAUGCUGAAUAGGCGUAUACGCUCUACAAUAUCUAAUGUAUCUAAUGAAGGACACUUUGUUUCGAAUUGUAUAAAAUUGAUGAUUUCGGCAGCUUGAGCAUCAGUCACUCAGCGACUUCAAAACCUACAACAAGAAAAAUAAAAAUGUUCCGUUUCAUUACCAUUUGUGCUUUGGCUACGAUUGCUGCUGCUGCUCCUUCCCCGGGAUUCAUUGAGCAUCAUCAUGCAGUAGUGGCUGCACCUGUGGUUGCCAAAGUAGGAGCUGUUGUCCACAGUGCUCCUGUUGCCACUUCCCAUCAAAGUUUUACCCAGGUUCACAAUCAUGCUGUCCUUACUCCAGUAGUUAAGCAUGUUGCUCCCGUUGUUCCUGUUGUGAGCCAUGUCGAACCUGUUGUACCAGUGGUAAAGCAUAUCGCUCCUGUUGUUCCGGUGGUAAAGCAUAUUGCUCCCGUUGUACCUGUGGUUAAGCAUAUUACUCCUGUUGUUCCGGUGGUUAAGACCUUGGUGCCUGCACUUCCCGUUGUCAAGCAUGUUCCAGUUGCUUCCGUUAUCCAUCAUCAGGCUUAUGUAGCUCCAUCCGUUUCUCACCAGAGCCAUACGCAGAUUCAUCAGAAGACUGCAAUAAUCACUGCUUCUGCCCCUGUUAUCAAGACUAUUGCCGCUCCAGUAGCUGUUGUCGCCGCACCGUUCGCCCAUGCUUAUCAUCAUCAUCAUUAACGAAACAGGCAAAAUUUUUUUCUUUAAAUAAAGAUAUUUAGUUGACCAAUUUAAAA